AGCAUCUAGGGAAGGGCGGUGAGAGGUUUGCACGGGAUUCUCCGUGUGUCUCUCCUAUCGUCCUCUCCUCAUUUAAGGGAGUUUGAGAGGGAUCUUUUGCUGGCAAGAGGUACCUCGUCAUUUCCGCUAGUUUGUGUGCUGUGCCUGGGGUUUUAAUCUUGCAAGAGGAAAGUCAGGGAGUUUGGGGGUUGGAGGGGCUGGAGCUUUGGGGAAAGAGAGAGACAUCAAGGCACUGCUGGAGGACUGGAGAGCUCGCCUUCAAAGCCUUGGUAGAACAGCCUCCCCCUAAGACGCCCUAACCUAACCCUAGUCUUGCUUAAGGAAGCAGCACCUAGGAACUGUGGUGGUGGCGGCAGCAGCAGCAGCUUCGGGUGAGGGCAGCAGACGUCUGAGCGUGCUCAGCGUCCCCAUCCUUCCCCCCACGGGAGAAGACAGCAGUAUGAAUUGGAACCCUACAUAGAGACAGAGACAGAGAGAGAGAGAGAGAGAGAGAGAGAGAGAGAGAGAGAGAGAGAGAGAGAGACAGAGAGACAGAGAGACAGAGAGACAGAGAGAGAGACAGAGGAGAGGGACGGAGAGAAGGAGGUGGGGAAACAGCUGAAGGGACUGAGCAGAAGGCGGAGGAGGAGGAGGAGGAAGAAGAGAAGGAGAGCUGCGAUUCGGUGGCGUCUCCCUCCCUCUCCCAGGCUGGGCUGCCUGUCGCUGAUGCUCUAGGUUGACUGAGAGAAUUUACAGCAGGGAGUGCUACUGGGAAACCUGGUACAAUAAGGCAGUUUGCUUCCCUUCCUUCGCUUCCCCGGCUCCCACCCAUCCAUCUACCCAGAGAGCACUCUAUCCUCUCUGCGGGAGAAGAGGAACCAGAGGGGAAAAAGAUAAGAUUUCUAGGGUGCUUUUUCUUUUCGAAUUCCUCGCCUGACAAAGAAAUCGAUCCCAUUCCCAAUGGCUCUUAUAAUGGAACCAGUGAGCAAAUGGUCGCCGAGUCAAGUGGUGGACUGGAUGAAAGGCCUGGAUGAUUGUCUUCAACAGUACAUUAAGAAUUUUGAGAGGGAAAAAAUCAGUGGGGACCAGCUGCUUCGAAUUACCCACCAAGAACUAGAAGAUUUGGGAGUCACUCGCAUCGGCCAUCAAGAACUUAUAUUGGAGGCAGUCGAUCUACUGUGUGCACUGAACUAUGGCCUGGAAACUGAAAACCUCAAAACCCUUUCUCACAAGUUAAAUGCAUCUGCCAAAAAUCUGCAGAAUUUUAUAAUUGGAAGGAGGAGGAGUGGCCACUAUGAUGGGAGGACUAGCCGGAAACUGCCAAAUGACUUCCUGACCUCUGUUGUGGAUCUGAUUGGAGCAGCUAAAAGUCUGCUGGCAUGGUUGGACAGAUCUCCUUUUGCUGCUGUGACUGACUACUCCCUCACCAGGAAUAGUGUCAUCCAGCUCUGCCUGGAGCUAACAACAAUUGUUCAGCAGGACUGCACAGUAUAUGAAACAGAAAACAAAAUUCUUCACGUGUGUAAAACACUUUCUGGAGUCUGUGACCACAUUAUCUCCCUUUCGUCUGAUCCCCUGGUUUCGCAGUCUGCUCACCUGGAAGUGAUCCAGCUAGCAAAUAUCAAGCCAAGUGAAGGGCUGGGUAUGUACAUUAAAUCAACAUAUGAUGGCCUCCAUGUAAUUACUGGAACCACUGAAAAUUCACCUGCAGAUCGAUGCAAGAAAAUCCAUGCUGGCGAUGAAGUGAUUCAAGUCAAUCACCAAACUGUGGUGGGGUGGCAGUUGAAAAAUUUGGUGAAUGCUCUACGAGAGGACCCGAGUGGUGUUAUCUUAACUUUGAAAAAGCGACCUCAGAGCAUGCUUACCUCAGCACCAGCUUUACUGAAAAAUAUGAGAUGGAAGCCCCUUGCUCUGCAGCCUCUUAUACCUAGAAGUCCUACAAGCAGUGUUGCCACGCCUUCCAGCACCAUCAGCACACCCACUAAAAGGGACAGCUCCGCUCUUCAGGACCUCUACAUACCCCCUCCUCCAGCAGAACCCUACAUCCCCAGGGAUGAAAAAGGAAACCUUCCUUGUGAUGAUCUCAGUAGGCACCUAGUGGGCAAGCCAGUGCAUAAGGGAUCCGAAUCUCCAAAUUCAUUUCUUGACCAGGAAUAUCGGAAGCGAUUUAAUGUUGUUGAAGAAGAUGCUGUUUUAUAUUGCUAUGAAUAUGAUAAAGGAAGAUCAAGCAGUCAAGGAAGAAGAGAAAGCACUCCAACUUAUGGCAAGCUACGGCCUAUAUCUAUGCCAGUGGAAUAUAAUUGGGUGGGGGAGUAUGAAGAUCCCAGUAAAAUGAAGAGAGAUAGUAGAAGAGAAAAUUCCUUACUUCGGUAUAUGAGCAAUGAAAAAAUUGCUCAAGAAGAAUACAUGUACCAGAGAAAUAGCAAGAAAGAUACAGGGAAAAAGUCAAAAAAGAAGGGAGAUAAGAGUAAUAGUCCAACUCACUAUUCCUUGCUACCUAGUUUACAAAUGGAAGCAUUGAGGCAGGACGUCAUGGGCACACCUGUGCCAGAGGCCACCUUAUAUCACACAUUUCAGCAGUCAUCUCUACAACAUAAAUCAAAGAAGAAAAACAAAGGUCCAAUUGCAGGCAAGAGCAAACGACGAAUUUCUUGUAAAGACCUUGGCCGUGGUGACUGUGAGGGCUGGCUUUGGAAAAAGAAAGAUGCCAAAAGCUAUUUUUCACAGAAAUGGAAGAAAUAUUGGUUUGUUUUAAAGGACACAUCCCUGUAUUGGUAUAUUAAUGAAGAGGAUGAAAAAGCAGAAGGAUUCAUCAGUUUGCCUGAAUUUAAAAUUGAUAGAGCCAGUGAAUGUCGCAAGAAAUAUGCAUUCAAAGCUUGUCAUCCUAAAAUCAAAAGUUUUUACUUUGCUGCUGAACAUCUGGAUGAUAUGAACAGAUGGCUAAAUAGACUUAACAUGCUAGCUGCUGGAUAUGCAGAAAGAGAGAGAAUCAAGCAAGAACAAGAUUACUGGAGUGAGAGUGACAAGGAAGAAGCAGACACUCCCUCGACACCCAAACAAGACAGUCCCCCACCCCCUUAUGAUACAUAUCCAAGACCUCCUUCAAUGAGCUGUGCCAGUCCAUACGUGGAACCCAAACACAGUCGGCUCUCCUCUACCGAGACCUCUCAGUCACAGUCCUCUCAUGAAGAAUUCCGCCAAGAAGUGGUUGGGAGCAGUGCAGCCUCCCCCAUCCGCAAGACGGCCAGUCAGCGAAGGUCCUGGCAGGAUUUAAUCGAGACACCCCUGACCAGCUCAGGAUUGCACUACCUUCAGACUCUCCCCCUGGAGGACUCGGUAUUCUCUGACUCAGCCGUCAUCUCCCCAGAGCACAGGCGGCAGUCGACCCUUCCAACUCAAAAAUGCCACCUGCAGGAUCACUAUGGGCCAUAUCCCUUGGAGGGGGAGAGAAUGCAGGUGUUGAAUGGAAAUGGGGGCAAGCCUCGCAGUUUUACUCUCCCCCGGGAUAGCGGGUUCAGUCACUGCUGCCUGAAUGCACCGAUCAGCGUGUGUGACCAGCCAGAGGAUGCACAGCAGACAGAGGUAGAGGAGGACGAAGAGGAGGAGGAUGAAGAGGGGGAAGCUGCAGGAGAAAACAUAGGGGACAAAAAUGAAAUAGGAGAAGAAAACCUAGCUGACUCAUUGCAAGAUUUAUACAAGGCAUUGGAGAGAGCCAGUUUGUCACCUUUGGGGGAACACCGAAUUUCAACCAAGCUGGAAUACAAGAAAUCUUUCAUAAAAAGGUGUAGCGAUCCAAUAGUGAAUGAAAAACUGCAUAGGCUGCGAAUUCUUAAAAGCACUUUAAAGGCUAGAGAAGGAGAAGUAGCCAUUAUAGAUAAAGUUCUAGACAAUCCGGAUUUGACAUCUAAAGACUUUCAAGAGUGGAAAGAGAUGUACCUUGACCUCUUCUUGGAUAUCUGUCAAAAAAGCACCCCAAAUGACCCACUAAAUGUUUCUUCUGAAGUAGAUGUACUUAUAUCCUCUCUAGUGCAUACCCAUUCAUACAUUGAAACGCAUGUGUAAUCGUCUUGUCUUCAUACCAUCUGG